GUUUGCUGUGCAAUCGGCAAUACUUCGGAUUACCCAGAAAUUCAGAUGUUUUUUACCGAUUUUGUUUUUCCAAAUGCCUACUAUAGGCAAAACAUGUUACGAAUUUUUGUUUAUAAUACCGUUAUGCAGUUGUGAAAGGAAAUUGAAUUUGGUUUUUAGUCAGCCUAAAUGAGAUUAAAAUGAAAAUAAUGGUAUUUUGACGGCAAUCACUGAGCUACUGGUCACGUAAGUGGCUUGCUCGAUUGAUAUUGCUCCGUUUGGCAUCCAGCUGUUCGGAGCCGUCAGGUGUUGAAGCGUUCGAAUCUCUGAUUCUGGAAGAAAAUCAUUAUCCGCGUAUUCCAGAUUGCGAUCCAGAAAUUGGAUAAGGCAUUUAUAUUAUUAUCAUCCAGUAUUGAAUCGACAAUCAUCUCCUGGAGUUCUAAUAUAUCAUCGUUUCGGUUUGUGUUUGUCGCAGAGGAUAUUGGCAUCUCUGGACUUCGUCGAACUAAAAUCCGGAGUAUUGUUCCCUUCACUGAUUAGUGAUUGUGAAACAAACGUUUUUCUGGGACCACCCGGCCGGGGAUUUUAAAAUAUUUGAUAUUCUGUUAGCGCCAGCGCGCAUCUUUAUCGGAUAUUUUACCUAUUUUUGAAAAUGGCGAUGAAAUUUCAGUACGACGAGCAGGGAGAUACCUUCCUGUAUUUCGUUCUGGCCUUCUUACUUUUAGUACUUCUUCCAUCUUCCUACAUGUUUUGGCCGCGCGGAGAAGAAAAAGAUGCAGACAAGCAAGGAUUCAAAUGUGCCUGUGAUAAUUGCGAACACAAGCGUUCCAAGCUGCGCGCUUCCCAGCCGAAGAAGCGCUUAAAAAGGAAUUUCAUAAAAAUCAUUCUGACGAUUGGAUGGAUACUUGUCGCUUUCAUAGCGUACACAGUAGCCACCACGAAGCGCGAAGUGAUUGACUGGAAUCCAUAUGAAAUUUUGGAACUUGAACCGGGGGCGACGGUGGAAGAUAUAAAACGCCAAUACCGCAAAUUGAGCAGAGUGUACCAUCCUGAUCGGCAGGGAGGCAAUGAGAGCAAAUUCAUUAACAUAACGAAAGCACAUGCAGCACUGACCGACGAUGCUGCGCGUGAAAACUGGGAGAGGUACGGAAAUCCGGAUGGGCCGGGUGUGACUGAAUUCGGUAUCGCCUUGCCUGUUUGGCUUGUUCAGGGGAAAAAUUCGAUAUGGGUGCUGGGAUUAUAUGGAUUGGUGUUCAUGGUUUUGCUUCCUACUAUAGUUGGUGUAUGGUGGUACCGAUCGAUUCGUUACACAAGCGAAGCUGUCCUGAUCGAAACUACAAAGAUAAUAAAAUUCUACUUUUACCGAUCGUCGACGCUGAACAUCAAACGAGUAUUAUUGAUACUUAGCGGAGCAUGUGAGUUCGAAACAAUGUAUAAUCCGGAAAUCGUGCAAAGGCCCGACGACAAUUUAUAUAUCCCGGCGAUGUUAAAAAGUCUUGGGACUGUUCAAGAGAAAAUCAAGGAUAGGCCAUUCGGAGCUCCUUAUAGUGUAAAAGCGCGGACUCUGCUCUUGGCUCAUCUUGAGCGGAUGGAAAUACCAGCGCGGUAUCUUCGGGAAGACCUGGAUUAUAUACUGAAGAAAUGCCCGAUGUUAAUCCAGGAAAUGGUUAGCACAUGUGCGAUCCUCAUGCAGUGGUAUUAUACUCGCCAAAUUCCCACAAUGCCCAGCAUUGAAACUGUGGAGAAUGUUAUGAAAUUGAGCCAGAUGUUGGUGCAGGGAUUAAGUGAGAAUUGCAGCCCACUACUGCAGCUACCUAAUAUCGAUAAUGAAAUCCUGCGGCAUUUUUUCGUCAAGAAACGUAACAUCAAAUCCAUGGUGCAGUUCCUGCGUUUCCCUGCAGAGGAACGGCGCAAAUUGUUAAGAAAUUUGACCGAUAAGCAGUACAACGAUGUGAUCAGUGUCUGUAAUGCAAUGCCACAUGUGGAUGCCGCUGUUUCUCUUAAAGUUGUCGACGACGAGGAUGAGCAUACCGUAACAGCUGAUGCGAUUGUCACUGUUAAUGUUACGCUAAAGCGGGCGAAUUUGGGGGAAUGGAUUGAAACAGCUAAAGUGGACACAGAAAAAGAAGCUCCGGAAACUGAGACGGAAGUUCAGGAGGCGGCAAAGACGAACAGUAAGAGUGCCCAUCGGCGAAACAAAAAGAAGUCCAAAGGGAAGAAAGUGCAGAAUGUGAAGAAAGGCAAAAAAGGACAAGGCGACAGCAAAGAAAACGCUGCCCCUGCUGUUAAUGUGGACGAAGAGGGUGAGAAACUUAAGAAGGUCAAUGGUACUGUCAAUAAAGCGGAAGACUCAGAAAGCGACGAAAGCGAUUCAGGAAGUGACAGUGAAGACGAGAAGGUUACAAAAGAGAACGGCCGCGAUGAGAGUGAUGACAAUGAGAGUGUACCGCAGAAGGAUGCCGAAGAGGACUUGGUAGAUAAUGAGGACAAAAAAGACGAGGAUUAUCUGGAUCUUGGCGAGGGCGGUGAAACGAUACCGGAUUUGAAGUCAAAAUUUUCCCAUCCAGUACAUUGUCCAUACUUUCCGGAGGAAAAACAAGAAUGGUGGUGGGUUUUUCUUGUCGAUAAGAAAAAGCGACGACUGGUCUCACCACCCAUGCUAGUCACAAAUCUUGUGUCGGAGGAAAGUGUUCAGCUGAAAUUCACGGCUCCGUCGCCUGGAACUUAUAAUUACUCUGUUGUGGUCAAAUCGGAUUCGUAUCUGGAUGUGGAUACUGUCACCAAUCUUAAGUUCGAAGUCAAAGAGAAGAAGGAAGUGGAUAUGAACAAUCCUCAGUGGGACAUCUCGGAAUCUGAUGAAGAAAAGCAAGAUGAGCAGGACGAUAUUUAUGCAUCGGAAACUGAUGAAUCCGAUGAAUGAUAUUUAUUUGUUUUGCUCGUCUUGAAAGUUCAUUCCACUAUGCACUUCGGGUAACCGAAAAAUCACCUCGAAUGUUAAGUUUUCUAAACCCACGGGCUCAGACUAGUAAAGCUUCGUUAUCGUCUUGCAUAUUUAUUGUUAACAAAAACGCUUCUGACGUGCAGAGAAGUACCAGCAAUGACAUAAUACUCAG